UUCCUAACAAGUUAUGUUUGUCUUUCUUCAAGAUACAAGAUUCUUGUUUUUUAUCGUGUUUGAAAACCAUGAAGUCAAUAAAAUGCAACAUAAAUUUUAAAAUAAAAUGCUGCGAUCAUAUUAGUCUGCACAACCUCUACCGUUUUCACAAUCAGCUGUUCACUCAAUCCUCUACAUCGUGGCGCGCUUUGGGCUCCGCUCAGUUGCUCUUUAUCAAUAAAUCUUCAGGUUAUUUGUUGGUUGCUUUCUCAAAUUUACUCAAAACAAUGCAGGGACUCUCAGCCGCCAGUCUGAAGAGGCAUCCAGCGUUGAUGCCGCUGUUCGCCGCCCUCGGGUUCGGUGUCGGCCUGUCGGCCUUCUACACACUGCGGCUGGCCACCCGCAACCCGGACGUCACGUGGCGGCGCUCCACCAACCCCGAGCCCUGGGAGGAGUUCCGGACCGCCCAGUACAAGUUCAUGAACACGGCGAACCACGACUACAGCAAGAGCCCGGCACCCAAGUUCUGAGCCGGCGACUGUGAACUGCGGACGGGUAGACGUGCUGAAUUGAACCUGUGUGAACUGGAAGCGGGGCGGGAGACCGGGCCGGGCGCAUAGCGCCGCGUGGAUCGGUCGAUGAGAGACAAUAUACGGUGUAUGUAACAUA